CGACUAAAAAAUAUAACUUCUUUGUCUUGAAAAGAACACAACUUGCGUUUAUGUAAUUUGGUAAAAUGAAUAUUUGUUUCUCGUAAGGUUGAGACUAAUUUUUGGGCGGGGAAAUGACUAUCUUGGUAAUAUUGCAGCUGUUUUUCAAAACACAUGAUCUCUUGUCUUGAAAAGAUCAAAGCUGUCACUUUCUUUACCUACUUUAUUUUGGUAAAAUGACUUUCUCAUAAGAUUGAGACUGUUUCUUGGGGGAGAGGGGGAAAGAUUUGUGUAAUAUUAUUGCAACAUUAUUGUCAUGGAAUAAAACAUUUUAAAAAUCUAAUCUAAUGAGGUAAAGCACUACUGAAAAUGGAUGAAAAGUAUGGGUGGAUAAAUGACAAGAGUGGAUAAGAAGAGGAGCUGAGGUUGUCGCUGGUGAGAGUACAGUACACGGUAUUGACUUCCUUCCAGUCGCACCAGCAGGGGGCGUAUGACUGAAACCGGGCUUUCCACCUGCGGUCCUCCCCUACCUGAUAGUGCCACAGCCCCAUUACUGCAGUCUGGCCCCUCCCUGACCUGGAUACGCACUCAACAUGUCUCACCGCUGCGAGCCUGAAAACUAAGCGAGCAGGCAGGAAAGCAGGAAGGCUCCUCGUGUGCCAAAACCGGCUGGUUUCCGUCCUCGGACCUGAGAAGGACCUGUAGGUUGUGAGGUGGCGGCCGGUUGCCGACUGAGUCAGUUUCCUCAGAAGAAGAAGAAGUAAGAAGAAGAAGUGGAGACAAGGAAAGCAGUGGAUGGACACAACAUGGGCUCGGACGAGGCCUACAAUUUUGUCUUCAAGGUUGUUCUGAUUGGAGAGUCAGGCGUGGGCAAGAGCAACCUGCUGUCCCGCUUCACCAAGAACGAGUUCAACCACGACAGCCGCACCACCAUCGGCGUGGAGUUCAGCACACGCACCGUGCAGCUCAACACCUUCACCAUCAAGGCGCAGAUCUGGGACACUGCGGGACUGGAGCGCUACCGGGCCAUCACAUCGGCCUACUACCGAGGUGCGGUGGGAGCCCUCCUGGUGUACGACAUCACUAAGCACCUGACCUACGAGAGCGUGGAGCGCUGGCUGAAGGAGCUCUUUGACCACGCCGACCCCCACAUCGUGGUCAUGCUGGUGGGCAACAAGUCCGACCUGGAGUCGGAGAGGUCGGUACCCACGGAGGAGGCCAAGGACUUUGCAGAGAAACAAGGUCUGUUGUUUCUGGAGACCUCCGCUUUGUCGUCAACGAACGUGGAGGCUGCAUUCAACACUGUCUUAACAGAGAUUCACAAGAAGGUGAACAAUAAGGAAGUGACGCAAGGCUCCAUCAGCGCCGUCACCUUGAACACCCCCAGAUUGGAACCCACCGAGGAGAAGAAACCUUGCUGCAAGAACAUCUAAGCUUCCUAGGGAAAGCGUGGACCUUCGGUGGGGACGGGGGAGAUCCGAGCCAUGAGACUUUAUUGCUCAGUGACUGUUUUUGUCAAUGUCUUUAUGUCUCAAAAGUGUUCUCUGUCAAUUGACUGUCUGUUGUCGUACCAGAGCGGCUCCAAUUACCGGAGACAAAUUCCUUGUUUUUUGGACAUACUUGGCAAAUAAAGAUGCUUCUGAUUCUGA